AGGCAGCUUGCGGGUCGAUAGAAGAUGACGUCGCCGGUGAGAGACGCAGCGUGGUGACGUCACUGGCUGUGUUCCGGGUCUGGAGAGCAGCAGAGAGGUCAUGGAUUCCCGCUUUAGCAGAGGAAAGUCAACCAUUUUGGAGCGCUCAUUGGCCCGGCCGAAAACUGAAGUGAGCCUCAGUGCUUUUGCUCUGCUCUUCUCUGAAAUAGUUCAGUACUGUCAGAACCGUGUGUACUCCGUGUCUGAGCUACAGACCAAACUGUCAGAGCUCGGCCAACAAGUAGGAUGUCGCAUCCUUGACCCGUUGGUUAUGCGUGAAAAGAAUGGGAAACGUGAGACGAAGGUGAUAAGCGCCCUCCUUUUCAUAAAGGUCAAUGCUUGGAAAGCACUUUUCGGAAAGGAAGCAGAUAAGCUAGAGCAAGCAAACGAUGAUGAUAAAACCUACUACAUUAUAGAAAAGGAGCCUCUCAUAAAUUCCUAUAUAUCUGUCCCAAAAGAGAACAGCACGUUAAACUGUGCUUCGUUUACAGCUGGUAUUGUGGAGUCGCUACUGACCUGUAGCGGUUUUCCUGCUAAAGUGACAGCGCACUGGCACAAGGGAACCACUCUUAUGAUUAAAUUUGAUGAGUCAGUAAUCAUUCGGGACAAAGCAUUGGAUGGACGCUGAAAUGCCUUUGGACAAGAACAGACUACAAGCGUAUACGAGAAGUCAUUUUUAUUCACUCCAACGUGUAGUCAGUAUGGGUGACCGUAUAGUUUUGUAAUUUUGUGUGCAUAAGAAGGAAGUUUUAAAGGUUUUUUUUUUUUUUUUGUAGAUACUAUUAUUAAGGACUUCAGAACUUUGAUUUGUCAGGCACUUUUUCAGGUUUUUUUUUUUUAUUUUAUUUUUCCUUUUCUAGGAACCUACAUGGAACCAAAAAAUAUCACAAAACUAAAAUGUGUUGGUUUAUUAUUUUUGGUAAAAUAUGUGUGAUUUAAUGAUUUGGGUCCAAUGUAAAUUACUUGUAUCAUGGUUGGAGGAUUGAUUAAAAACAUACCAUCUGCUUCA